GUCAGGUUUAAGCCUGGCCUAUUACUAAUAAUAUACAAAUACUACGUAGGGACCAACAUCGAAGGAGGAACUUGAGCAAAUCCUUAAUCAUCCUUCGUACAUGACACUACUACGUAGUAAUAGUCAGCCCAGUGCCUCGACAUGUAUGCAUGUGCUUACCUAAAUGUGUAUAAGACUAAGACAUACAGUGCUAGAAUGCUGGAAUAGAUCAAGCGAGUAUGCAAUGACGACUUCGUUUACUCGGUUAGGACGCUUCGUACAUCGAGUACGUCGAAAACGAAAAGCUGAAAGGAUUUUUUUCUAUUAUGUCUUGCAUGUCUUGCAUAUCAUACUGCAAUGCCAGUACAGCCUUGUCGAAUAUCUCGGUGCGAGGUCCCAGUUUAGAAGAGAGGGUAACUCAAAUGAAGGUUACUCCCGCGCUCGCAUCCCGAACACGAACCCCAACUCUAAAAGGCCACAUAUGCUACCAACUAUCUACAACUCACAAUCACAAUCAUACAAUCAUACACCCAUCAAGCGAAAAUUCGCUCCUCCUUCAUUCCUAUGCCGCCUUGCCGCGUACUAUAUUCGAGACUCAGCAGCAGGGAGCCCGACCAGCCGACCAACCAUACGCCACCGAAUAGGGCGUUGCCUACUCGGUAGGACUCGAUUACCUGAGCUUGACAAAGGUUGGUUCCAAGUAGAGGAAGCUUGGGUUGGAUUGUCAACUUGGAUCUUCCCGCCGUAGUAUAACUGACGCAGCCCUACAGAGAAGGCGGUUUAGUGCCUGCUUGGUUUAACGUUGUAAUUCCUCCCGCGGCCCCCAGGUUCCCGUCGUUUUGGAUCUUUAUCUAAAUAAGCUUGCGCAAGCAACCUAGCAGGAGUGCUUAUUAAAUUAGAACUAUAUUCAGCGUAAUCUAUUAUGUGGCAGAGUGUGACCAAUGUGAUAUUUGUAGAACCCUGAGCUGAAGUUGUCUGGACUCUUGGAACUCUUGGAACUCUUGACGA